AUGGCAGGAGGUGGUUUUGCUGUUCAAGGUACGGCGAGGAACUAUGAAGGUGGUGUCACAACCUUCGUUAUCAUCACCUGCUUCGUUGCAGCUUUUGGUGGUCUCAUUUUCGGAUAUGAUAUUGGUAUCUCAGGUGGGGUGACUUCCAUGGAUCCCUUUUUAAUGAAGUUCUUCCCGAGUGUGUACCGAAAAGAGACAGAGGAACACCAUGAGGAUAUGUACUGCAAAUUUGAGAGUCAUCUGCUCCAGUUGUUCACAUCUUCGUUGUACUUUGCAGCGUUGAUAGCUUCCUUCUUUGCUUCUACAGUGACUAGGGUAUUUGGUCGUAAGAUCUCCAUGUUGUUUGGAGGCUUAGUUUUCCUCGUUGGUUCCAUCCUUAGUGGUGUUGCCAUAAACGUCGCUAUGCUUAUUAUCGGUCGUUUGUUGCUUGGCGUGGGUGUUGGAUUUGCUAAUCAGGCUGUUCCAGUUUAUUUGUCUGAAAUGGCACCAGCUAACAUUAGAGGUGCACUUAACAUUGGUUUCCAAAUGGCAAUCACCGUCGGUAUAUUGGCUGCAAAUCUCAUCAACUACGGAACAGCAAAGAUUGAAGGUGGUUGGGGAUGGAGACUUUCCUUAGCUCUUGCAGCAGUACCUGCGAUAAUGAUAAGUGUUGGAUCUCUCUUUCUACCAGAUACACCGAAUUCCAUCCUCGAGAGAGGCCAUCCUGAGAAGGCCAGAGAAAUGUUGAAAAAGAUUCGUGGUACAAACAAUGUUGAUGAGGAGUUCCAAGACCUGAUUGAUGCAACUGAAGCUGCAAAGAGUGUAGAACACCCAUGGUUGAACAUUAUGAAGCCACAAUACAGGCCUCAACUUGUCAUUUGCUGCUUGAUUCCAUUCUUCCAGCAGGUCACUGGAAUUAAUGUCAUCAUGUUUUAUGCGCCUGUUCUAUUCAAGACUUUGGGGUUUGGCGAUGAUGCUUCGCUUAUGUCAGCUGUUAUAACUGGCGUAGUUAAUAUGUUGGCCACAAUUGUUUCCAUAUACUCCGCUGAUAAGUUUGGAAGACGGCUUUUGUUCCUUGAAGGUGGCAUCCAAAUGAUCAUUUCCCAGAUUCUGGUUGGAUACAUGAUUGGCAAAAGCUUCGGGACUGAUGGUGUAGGGAAAUUGUCAGGUGGAUCAGCAAACUUUGUGCUGUUCUUGCUUUGCGUAUAUGUAGCAGCUUUUGCGUGGUCUUGGGGUCCCUUGGGGUGGCUGGUGCCUAGUGAGAUAUGCUCUCUGGAAAUCCGAUCAGCCGGCCAAGCUAUCAACGUCUCUGUUAACAUGCUCUUUACCUUUGUGAUUGGCCAAUUCUUUUUAACAAUGCUUUGCCACAUGAAAUUUGGGCUUUUUUUAUUCUUCGCUUGCUGGGUUGUGGUCAUGACGAUCUUCGUAUACUUCUUCUUGCCUGAGACGAGAAACGUACCCAUUGAAGAGAUGAAUAGGGUCUGGAAAGCACAUUGGUUUUGGAGCAAGUACAUACCAGAUGAUGCGGUUAUUGGUGGCCCGUCUUCUAAGCAACAGAUUGCAUGA